GGUUAGACGCUGCCCAAUAGAGAUGGACCCGGAGGGCGAGGUCAGGCCGGGCGCUCGGCGUUCUCGAGGGUGGGGCGGGGGCAAGUGUCAGUCAGGGCAGAACGCGGCGCGGGCAGCGGAGACCCGUGGCACACAGGCGUCCGGGCUGGAACGAGGCCCGCCGAGAUGGAGUUCCUGCUGGGGAAUCCGUUCAGCACCCCUGUAGGGCAGUGUCUUGAGAAGGCAACAGAUGGCUCCCUGCAGAGCGAGGACUGGACACUGAACAUGGAGAUCUGUGACAUCAUCAAUGAGACAGAGGAAGGGCCAAAGGAUGCCAUUCGGGCUCUAAAGAAGCGGCUCAGCGGGAACCGGAACUACAGAGAAGUGAUGUUGGCCUUAACGGUGCUGGAGACUUGUGUGAAGAACUGUGGCCACCGCUUUCACCUCCUCGUGGCCAACCGAGACUUCAUCGACAGUGUUCUGGUCAAAAUUAUCUCUCCUAAGAAUAAUCCUCCCACCAUCGUCCAGGACAAAGUGCUUGCUCUAAUUCAGGCAUGGGCAGAUGCCUUUAGGAGCAGUCCUGACCUCACGGGUGUUGUACACAUAUAUGAAGAACUGAAGAGGAAGGGGGUUGAGUUCCCCAUGGCAGACUUGGACGCCCUGUCUCCUAUCCACACACCCCAGCGGAGUGUCCCAGAAAUGGAUCCAGCUGCCACCAUUCCCAGGUCCCAGUCACAGCCCAGGACAACUGCUGGCACCUAUUCCUCACCUCCUCCAGCUUCCUACUCUACUCUACAGGCCCCGGCUCUGAGUGUGACAGGCCCCAUCACAGCCAAUUCAGAACAGAUUGCUAGGCUUCGCAGUGAGCUGGACAUUGUUCGGGGAAACACAAAAGUCAUGUCUGAGAUGUUAACAGAAAUGGUCCCUGGGCAGGAGGAGUCUUCUGAUCUGGAACUACUACAGGAAUUGAACAGGACCUGCCGAGCCAUGCAGCACCGCAUAGUGGAGCUCAUCUCCCGAGUGUCCAAUGAGGAGGUCACCGAGGAGCUGCUGCAUGUCAAUGAUGACCUCAACAACGUCUUCCUCCGCUAUGAGAGGUUCGAGAGGUACAGGUCUGGCCGAUCCGUUCAGAAUGCCAGCAAUGGGGUACUAAGUGAAGUUACUGAAGACAACUUAAUAGACCUGGGCCCUGGCUCCCCCGCUGUGGUGAGCCCCAUGGUGGGGAGCUCAGCACCCCCAUCGUCUCUCUCCUCCCAACUCGCAGGCUUGGACUUGGGGACAGAGAGUGUCAGUGGCACCCUCAGUUCACUUCAGCAGUGCAAGCCACAAGAUGGUUUUGACAUGUUUGCCCAGACCAGAGGAAACUCCUUGGCUGAACAGCGAAAGACGGUCACCUACGAGGAUCCCCAGGCUGUUGGAGGACUCGCUUCUGCACUAGACAAUCGGAAACAGAGCUCAGAAAUGAGAGGGAGAGGUGGGGACUCUGACCUGCAGCCCAUAGACAGCUGGCUCAUGACCCAAGGAAUGAUUCCCGUUGUGCAGCCCUCUGUCAUGGACGACAUUGAGGUGUGGCUCAGGACAGACCUGAAGGGUGACGACCUAGAAGAGGGUGUCACGAGUGAAGAGUUCGAUAAGUUCCUGGAAGAAAGAGCCAAAGCUGCAGAAACAGUUCCAGACCUGCCCUCACCCCCAACAGAGGCCCCUGCACCAGCCUCAAACACUUCAAACCGGAAGAAGCCAGAGCGGUCUGAGGAUGCACUCUUUGCCCUGUGAGCUGUCUUGUGGUUUGCCUCGCCCUGGCAGGUCACUACUGACUCUCCCAGUGGACACUGGGCACUGGCCACUCCCCCAGCCUGCAUACCUGUAUCUCCAUGGAAACACAACUGUGUUUGUGCCCAGGCCACCCUGGUCAGGACCAGCUUUGCCACCUUCUCUCAGGGGGGCAACAGCAGCACUGACCAGAGGUCCUGUCCUCCCUCGCCCCAAGGGCUCUCGUGGCCUUCAGUCUUCCCAGGAAGAGCCAGUGGCACAGCACCAGGCAGGGAAGCCCCUCGACACGUUCUGGACAGAACUCCUGAACUCACCCUCUCCUCUCCCCUUCCUGCUUCUGCCUAGCUCCAUGGCUUCCUUCAGGUGAGACAGUGCUCCACUGGACCCCCCUCCCAUCAAGGACUCUGGGAAAGCAGGGCUCAAGCGUUUGUAACUACAGGCUUGGUUUCCCUCCUUGGACCAUGUGGUACCGUGGCACUUAGUGUCUGUACUUGAGUGGGCUCUGUAGGUUACUACCUUGAAGGUCCCUCACAUCCCUUUCCCCGUCAGCUGCCAGGCCUGGGACCAAGACAGGGACCUACGGCUCUUGGUGUGACAGCAGCUGUGAGGCCAGCAUGUGCCCUGCAGAUGGUGGACAGCUUACUGCAGGCGUGACAUGCACACUCACAUUCAUACCUGGCCCUGGUGUCUACAGAGGAUUUUUUGCUAAAGCAACAUGACUUUAAUGCAUCCAUGACUAGACCUUGCCUUCAGCAGCCUUCACAGCUAUCUGUAGGCCAGCAGAAGGUAGCUGUGUGCUGUGCCUGGAAGUCCAGAAGACUGGAAGCUAUACUCCACUCCUCUCCUCUCCCUGACAUGGCCUCAGCCUUCAUGGCUGUCCCCACCUCACAUAUCCCCCAGCCAACAAUUUCAUUCUGAAGCUUGCUAACAGUCUCGAUCUGAGUAGAUGAGAGCUGGUGAUACCUGCUCCUGGCCUGUGUCUUUGCUGGCUUGCUUCCUGGAUCUGAGCAAAAAUGACUUAGUGCUACCUUAAUCUUGGCCUAGCUGCUGUUGCCUAGAAAAAGGAAGCUGCUGCUGCAGCUGUGUUACUACAUACUGUGGAGGUCACCACACAUUCCUCACCUGUGUGUGGUUAGCCGUUCCCACUGUUAGGAGGGCCCAGUGCUAUACCUGUUUCCAUUUGAGCUCCCAUCCCAGGAGGGAGAGGGGGCUCGGCUGCCCUUUAGUCAGAUCAGUGUGUGGGUUCUGUGCAGCUCUGAGGGAGGGUACUGCAGCCCUGACUGAAAACAGAAAUGGCCUUUCCCAGGCCCAACGCAGCACCUCUCCUUCAGCAGUCUCUGGAAGGUCUGUCCAGGCCUCAUCUGGCAGGACCUGUGGAGGAUGUCAUUCUGUCUUGCAAAAGGCAUCCAGGAAGCCCCUCCUGCAGGGAGCUCAGCUGACCUGCUAAGUGCCCAGCCCUCUCUGAGCAUCUGUCUCACCUCCGCCCUCUAUUUAGGACCCUUGGCCAACCAGAGCUUCUCAAUGUUUCUCAAGGGCAGAGCCCUCCAAGGCUAGCCUGGCUGCUAAGGCCUCUGAAGGCUUGUCACACCACAGGAGGCUGGGGAGCCCAGUCUACCUGGAAGCCUGGCCUUUGGAACAGUUCUAGAAGGGUUGUCUGUGAGGGUCAGCUGCACACAGCCUACGAGAGCUGGCCGUGUGGGUAGUAGCAAUCAGGCCAGCGUCUCUGAACUAAGACACUUUUUUUAUGGAUGAUAUUGAAAGGAAGAUAGGCUUCCAUCAGGGAGAGAGACUGGUGUGGGCCCCACCUUGGGGAUCCCCAACAAGGCUGUUUCUAGUACCAGUGUCCAGAACUGUCCCCUGACUUCCUGACUGCAGCAGCUGGGUCUGGCUGAAGCUGGGCUGCUGUGGGACAGCAGGUACUCAAGGACUCCCACCCGCUAUCAGAGGCUACCUUUCUGGCUGGGACAGCCCAGCUGGCGGCUUGGUUUGUGUCUGGAGGUAGUCUGCCUUAUCAGUGGGCUGAAGUGACAUGUGCCUGAGGCCUGGACCAGAUGCAAGAUUGGGCUUGGGGGCUUGGGGGGCCUGAAGGGGGUUCACUAUUGUGAACUGUCCUGUCCUGAGGAUGCUUUCCUACCUGUUCCCCACCGUCUGUGGGCACAGUCCUUAGAAGCUGGGCCCUCUCAAGCCAGCAGCCUCUACAAGUGUUAGAAAUCACAGAUAGAGUGUGUACUUAAUUACACUAAAUUAUUGCCGGGACUCCUCAUAAGCACUAAUUACACCUGAUUAUAGGUUAAAAUAUUUAUUUUGUCAAAAUAUUUUCUUGAGGAUGUAUUUAACCUUUUCUUGUUCAUUGUGUGCUGGAGUGUGAAGACUGCUUCUUCCUACCUUUUUGGCCAUCAGGUAGCAGUAAAAGAAACUCACCAGGUGCCCUAGAAUGACCUCUCCCCAGGUACCAAGAAGGCAGGCUGGAGUUGGAUCGAGAGUUUCCAACUCAUUUAUCUGUACAUGGGACAUGGGGGUUUGGAGCCAAAAGGGCUUCUUGGUAGCUGUAGCCAGGGCUAGCUUCCACUUACUCUGUCAGCCCCUCAGUGUGAGUGACUAUGACUUGGCUCACUACCCUUCCUCCCCACCUGGCCCAUGCUGUCUGCCACAGCACUGCCCAGCUGGGAAAGUGGUAGCUGGGGCUUACUGGCCCAGGGGCAUUGAGCUCCUCUGUUCCACCGUCCUCUGACUGAUGGUCUCUCAGAUGGCUCAGGACAAGCUAUGGGCACUCUUGGCGGUCAGCCCUAGGUGGCUGGCAGGGCAGAGUGAGGGCCUUUGUUGCUGCCUGGCCAGUUUGCAGCCUCCCUGAGGUCUGCUGUCAGGAUGCCUGGGGUCUCCCUAUGUGCUCAGCUACACAAGAACCCAGUAGGGGAAGAUGUCUCCACUUGGAGAUCCUCCCUUUGUAGCCCUCUGGAACCUACUUAGCCCAGUGCCCAUCCCCAGCCCUUCCUGUUCAUGGGGUCUAAGCUAGGCUUCCCCUGGCUCUCAAGAACAACUGUGGACCCCAUGUCCUGACUGCUCCUGCCACACUCACACCCUAGGCUCACGGCUUUCUGGGAGAGCCAGGGUAGGAUUUCUUCCUAACGUUUGCACUUUCUUUGUGAGGAUCUGAGGAUCUUUGGAGCUGCUGAAAAGAUGGUAUUGAGUUUGUUAUCCUGUUGUCUCACAAGUCAGAUUCUUGUCCCUGUCCUAUGUUUCUGUGGGUAGAGCUGGUUCUGGAGGGUGGCUCAGAGCGACAGCUAGUGUGUCCCCCCACCCCACUGGCUCUGCUUCCAAACACUGUCUCUAAUUUGUGUUCUUGCAUGUAAAGUACUCCACAAUAAAUAGUUGACUCAGC